AUGGAACAGCAACCAGCCAGUGUCACCAAUACUAUGAUUAACACAUCAACAAUGGAACAACAACCAGUCAGUGUCACCAAUGAUAUGGUUAACACAUCAACAAUGGAACAGCAACCAGUCAGUGUCACCAAUGCUAUGAUUAACACAUCAACAAUGGAACAGCAACCAGUCAGUGUCACCAAUGCUAUGAUUAACACAUCAACAAUGGAACAGCAACCAGUCAGUGUCACCAAUGCUAUGAUUAACACAUCAACAAUGGAACAGCAACCAGUCAGUGUCACCAAUGCUAUGAUUAACACAUCAACAAUGGAACAGCAACCAGUCAGUGUCACCAAUGCUAUGAUUAACACAUCAACAAUGGAACAGCAACCAGUCAGUGUCACCAAUACUAUGAUUAACACAUCAACAAUGGAACAACAACCAGUCAGUGUCACCAAUGCUAUGAUUAACACAUCAACAAUGGAACAGCAACCAGUCAGUGUCACCAAUGCUAUGAUUAACACAUCAACAAUGGAACAGCAACCAGUCAGUGUCACCAAUGCUAUGAUUAACACAUCAACAAUGGAACAGCAACCAGUCAGUGUCACCAAUGCUAUGAUUAACACAUCAACAAUGGAACAGCAACCAGUCAGUGUCACCAAUGCUAUGAUUAACACAUCAACAAUGGAACAGCAACCAGUCAGUGUCACCAAUGCUAUGAUUAACACAUCAACAAUGGAACAGCAACCAGUCAGUGUCACCAAUGCUAUGAUUAACACAUCAACAAUGGAACAGCAACCAGUCAGUGUCACCAAUGCUAUGAUUAACACAUCAACAAUGGAACAGCAACCAGUCAGUGUCACCAAUGCUAUGAUUAACACAUCAACAAUGGAACAGCAACCAGUCAGUGUCACCAAUGCUAUGAUUAACACAUCAACAAUGGAACAGCAACCAGUCAGUGUCACCAAUGCUAUGAUUAACACAUCAACAAUGGAACAGCAACCAGUCAGUGUCACCAAUACUAUGAUUAACACAUCAACAAUGGAACAACAACCAGUCAGUGUCACCAAUGCUAUGAUUAACACAUCAACAAUGGAACAGCAACCAGUCAGUGUCACCAAUGCUAUGAUUAACACAUCAACAAUGGAACAGCAACCAGUCAGUGUCACCAAUACUAUGAUUAACACAUCAACAAUGGAACAACAACCAGUCAGUGUCACCAAUGCUAUGAUUAACACAUCAACAAUGGAACAGCAACCAGUCAGUGUCACCAAUGCUAUGAUUAACACAUCAACAAUGGAACAGCAACCAGUCAGUGUCACCAAUGCUAUGAUUAACACAUCAACAAUGGAACAGCAACCAGUCAGUGUCACCAAUGCUAUGAUUAACACAUCAACAAUGGAACAGCAACCAGUCAGUGUCACCAAUGCUAUGAUUAACACAUCAACAAUGGAACAGCAACCAGUCAGUGUCACCAAUGCUAUGAUUAACACAUCAACAAUGGAACAGCAACCAGUCAGUGUCACCAAUGCUAUGAUUAACACAUCAACAAUGGAACAGCAACCAGUCAGUGUCACCAAUGCUAUGAUUAACACAUCAACAAUGGAACAGCAACCAGUCAGUGUCACCAAUGCUAUGAUUAACACAUCAACAAUGGAACAGCAACCAGUCAGUGUCACCAAUGCUAUGAUUAACACAUCAACAAUGGAACAGCAACCAGUCAGUGUCACCAAUACUAUGAUUAACACAUCAACAAUGGAACAACAACCAGUCAGUGUCACCAAUGCUAUGAUUAACACAUCAACAAUGGAACAGCAACCAGUCAGUGUCACCAAUGCUAUGAUUAACACAUCAACAAUGGAACAGCAACCAGUCAGUGUCACCAAUACUAUGAUUAACACAUCAACAAUGGAACAACAACCAGUCAGUGUCACCAAUGCUAUGAUUAACACAUCAACAAUGGAACAGCAACCAGUCAGUGUCACCAAUGCUAUGAUUAACACAUCAACAAUGGAACAGCAACCAGUCAGUGUCACCAAUACUAUGAUUAACACAUCAACAAUGGAACAACAACCAGUCAGUGUCACCAAUGCUAUGAUUAACACAUCAACAAUGGAACAGCAACCAGUCAGUGUCACCAAUGCUAUGAUUAACACAUCAACAAUGGAACAGCAACCAGUCAGUGUCACCAAUACUAUGAUUAACACAUCAACAAUGGAACAACAACCAGUCAGUGUCACCAAUGCUAUGAUUAACACAUCAACAAUGGAACAGCAACCAGUCAGUGUCACCAAUGCUAUGAUUAACACAUCAACAAUGGAACAGCAACCAGUCAGUGUCACCAAUGCUAUGAUUAACACAUCAACAAUGGAACAGCAACCAGUCAGUGUCACCAAUACUAUGAUUAACACAUCAACAAUGGAACAACAACCAGUCAGUGUCACCAAUGCUAUGAUUAACACAUCAACAAUGGAACAGCAACCAGUCAGUGUCACCAAUGCUAUGAUUAACACAUCAACAAUGGAACAGCAACCAGCCAGUGUCACCAAUGAUAUGAUUAACACAUCAACAAUGGAACAACAACCAGCCAGUGUCACCAAUACUAUGAUUAACACAUCAACAAUGGAACAGCAACCAGCCAGUGUCACCAAUGCUAUGGUUAACACAUCAUCAAUGGAACAGCAACCAGUCAGUAUCACCAAUGCUAUGAUUAACACGUCAACAAUGGAACAACAACCAGUCAGUGUCACCAAUGCUAUGAUUAACCCAUCAACAAUGGAACAACAACCAGCCAGUGUCACCAAUUCUAUGAUUAACACAUCAACAAGGGAACAGCAACCAGUCAGUGUCACCAAUACUAUGAUUAACACAGCAACAAUGAAACAACACCCAGCCAGUGUCCCCAAUGAUAUGAUUAACACAUCAACAAUGGAACAGCAACCAGCCAUGGUCGCCAAUGAUAUGGUUAACACAUCAACAAUGGCGCAGCAACCAGCCAGUGUCACCAAUGAUAUGAUUAACUUGUCAACAAUGGAACAACAACCAGUCAGUGCCACCAAUGAUAUGGUUAACACAUCAACAAUGGCGCAGCAACCAGCCAGUGUCACCAAUGAUAUGGUUAACACGUCAACAAUGGAACAACAACCAGUCAGUGUCACCAAUCCUAUGGUUAACACAUCAACAAUGGAACAACACCCAGCCAGUGUCACCAAUGAUAUGGUUAACAUGUCAACAAUGGAACAACAACCAGCCAGUGUCACCAAUACUAUGGUUAACACGUCAAUAAUGGAACAGCAACCAGUCAGUGUCACCAAUGCUAUGAUUAACCCAUCAACAAUGGAACAACAACCAGCCAGUGUCACCAAUUCUAUGAUUAACACAUCAACAAGGGAACAGCAACCAGCCAGUGUCACCAAUACUAUGGUUAACACGUCAAUAAUGGAACAGCAACCAGUCAGUGUCACCAAUGAUAUGGGUAACACAUCAACAAUGGAACAGCAACCAGUCAGUGGCACCAAUGCUAUGGUUAACACAUCAACAAUGGAACAACACCCAGCCAGUGUCACCAAUGAUAUGAUUAACUUGUCAACAAUGGAACAACAACCAGUCAGUGCCACCAAUGAUAUGGUUAACACAUCAACAAUGGAACAGCAACCAGUCAGUAUCACCAAUGCUAUGAUUAACCCGUCAACUUAA